CACGCCCCUCUUCCUCCGUCUAGGAUUCCGCACUCGCGGCUUAGUCUUAGCCUGGGAGAGACGUAGUGAGGAUUGGCUCUGGUUUCUAGCAGAACGACAAAACUCUGGAUUUCCCCAGGUUGUACCCUUCCCUUCCCUUCUCUGCCUCAGCGCUGCUUUCUCAAACCGCCGAGGGUCAGAGCCUGUUUUGCAGGCCUCGGCUAAGCCUCUCGAGCUAUUUAUAGCUCCCAGGCAGAGGCAGAAGCGCAGCGGUCGCCAUUUUGAGCGCCGCUUUGAUUGCUCCUGAGGGGAGUGGGGGAACCUUCCCUUCCUUCCAGCGAGGGCCGUUUAGACUCAACUAGAGUCAGUUUUAGCCAGAAUUGAGUCUGCAGUCUUCUUAGUCAGCAAAUAGAAGCAGCUGCCGCAUUCAUUAACUCGGACAUAACGACGGAGCAGGAGGCCGCUUGCUGGCGGCCGCCAUUUUGAGAGCCCGACAAACGCCCUCAGGCCAUUCCAGAAGGCCAGAGUUCAGGAGCGGUUUUUGGAAGGUGCUGCUUCUCCCAUCUUUGGCAGCUCGCCGCACACCAAGGCUGUUACAAUUACAGGCAACUACAGCCUCCUUCAGGACACAAUUUCCAAAGACUUCAGUUGGUGGCUGAGUGCCUGCUUUAACUGCCGCCAUUUUCAGCGCCUCUUCCUACCACCGAUUUCGCUGCUUAUAAGUGUGUUGGCUACCCUCAUUAAAUUGGUGUUACUGCCACUACCAGGCUUAUAAUUGUGCUGGCUACCCCACUAGGGUGGUGGUGCUGCCACUACCAGGCUUGGAAGUGUGCUGGCUGCCCCAUUAAGUUGGUUGGGCCACCACCACUUCUUGCUACUGGGACCAUCUCUCUUUUGCAAACAAGUUGAGAUUGCCGUUUCUGUGAUAUCUCUUGAUUUUUCGCAAUGGCAGGUAAAACCACAGCAACUCAAGGCUCUCAAGGUGCUUCCAGCUUUCCCUACAGGCCGAGGAACUCCAGAUCAGCGAAGCAGGAGGCUGCUGGGAAACUCAGAGCCAGAGCUAUUGCUGGCAGAAGGUCUCCCAAAGCUGCUGGGAAGGAAGCAAGCGGGAGGCAACAGGCAUUGGGAAAACAAUUCUCCAAUGUUGCAGGGCAACAGAAGGAGGCAAAGGUUGGUCAGAUGACUUCUGUUCCCACAGAAGCCUCGGUUUUUGACCCUCAACAAGCACCUUCGACCUCUGCUGCUCCAAAUACCUGCUCUACAGAAGAGGAAACAGGUCAGUCUGUUUCUCCCAUUGCAGAACAGGUGGAGAUGGUUGACCCUCAACAAGCUCCUUCGAACUCAGGUCAGUCCAUUUCUCCCAUGGCAGAACAGGUGGAGAUGGUUCCCCCUUCCAGUGAGGGGCUUGGCCUUCCGAUCCCUGCUCCUCCGAGUACAGCUGGACCUCUGCGCCCAGAGGCCACAUUCACUCCUACAGCAUCAGGGCUUCGUGCUCCAGAGGCUCAGGAGAUAGCACUAACACAACAAAUGCAGCUUUUCAUUUCUCAGGCUGUUGCCCAAGCUUUAGCUUCGAACCUGCACCAGAGAGCUCGACCUGAGUCGACAGCAUCAGAGGUCCCAUCUCACAGCAAUGCAUCGUACCUCUCCCAGUCGGAAGCAGACACAUAUCAGGGGCCAGUUUCCCCAUUCAAUUCCUCCAUGAGUAGAACGUCGUUCACAGGGGACGACGAACAGAGAGAGCUGGGGCUGUCAGAAGAUGAGGACUUACCUCCUGAUCCUCCUGCUUUCACAGGCCUGUUUAAUCCGGCCCUCUUUAAAUCCUUGCUUCACAAGGCCAGGAGCACUGCUCAACUUGGUCCUGAAGGUGUCCCUGAGGCUGAACCUUCCACCAGUCAGGGACCUACCAGUAUGAUCUGUUCAGACCCAACGUUUACCCAACAGGACAUUCCCUGUCCUCCCCUUUUCAUCAGUGAAGUCCAAAGACAAUGGGGAGCGCCAGGUAAGGUGCCACUUCUGGAGAAGAAUGUUAUUAAUUUAUUUAAUGUGGCUCCAGCACUGUCAGAUGUGCUAGCAGUCCCCACGGUAGAUGAGCCCAUAGCAACAAUAUUUGAUCCCAGCUUCAUUUUGUCUGGGGAUAUAGUGGAGGUUCUGACACCAGAGGAUAGGAAAGCGGAGCUUAAUUUCCGCAAGACCCACCAAGCCUCAGCAUGGGCGGUAAAGGCAGCUAUAUCAACUUCCUUUUUCGCCAGAAUUUCUGUCCUCUGGCUUCGUCAAUUACAGACUAAGAUACCACCAGAAGAGGUACGGAUGCACCAAGAUUUAAACAAAUUAGUGGCUGCAUCAGAAUACAUGGCUGACUCAUCCUUGCAGGUGGCCAGAUUUUCCUCCCGGGCAUUAGCAACUAGUGUUACCUCUCGCAGACUUCUGUGGCUCAGACGGUGGCCAACGGAUUUUCAGUCCAAGUGGCGGUUGGCCUCAGCCCCUUACAGGGGAGGCCAGUUAUUUGGAGAGGCACUAAACCCUUAUCUGACUGAGAAGGGUAAGCGUAAGGUCAUGUCCAAACUUCCUAGGAGAGCAGACAGGAAAGCAGCUCCUUAUGCCCACAAGCAGUUCUUUCGUCCAACCAACACAGGGUCGGAAUUCACCCAUUACUCCCGUCCUCAUCCUCCCAGCUCAAGCGACACAAGGUCAGAAUUCACCCAUUACUCCCCUCCUCAUCCUCCUAGACCAGAACCUCAAUUCGACAGAUCUGGUUACAGGGGCAGACCCAGAGAGCAAUUUCAGGCCAAACGGCCCUUUCGAGGCGCCAGAGGCCGUCCUUUCAGAAGAUCCUAGUGACACCAGAGGUGCCUCUCCCAUAGGGAGCAGAUUGGCUCUCUUUACACACAAAUGGGAGAACACCACUACAGAUCUUUGGGUCCUCCACACCAUCAAAUUCAGCUUGACUCUAGAGUUCAAUUCCACGCCCCUCCCGAGGCAUUUCGUCUCUUGCCCAUCAUCCAAAAAUCCGGUCAAAAGAAGCCUCAUGAAAGUGGCCAUUCAACAUCUGGAGAUCCAGGCCGUAGAACUGGUACUGGCAGGGCAUACGGGAUUGUUCCAUUCUGCCCAUUGUUCGGAAGGCUUCGGGAGGGUGGAGGGCAAUCCUGGAUUUAAAAAAAUUAAAUAACCAUUUGGCACUCAAGAUGCAAACGCUCCAAUCCAUAUUAGCAGGCAUCAGAAUGGGGGACCGCCUGACAUCCAUCAACCUGACGGAGGCCUACCUACACAUUCCCAUCCUUCCUGGACACCGGAAAUUCCUCGCGGUCUGCUAUGCAGGCCAUCAUUUUGAAUACAGAGCUCUACAAUUCGGCUUGUCAUCGUCCCCCAGAACAUUCACGAAGGUCCUGGCGGCGCUUGGCCAUGUAUCUCAGGACCAUUUUGGUGCAUGUCCAGUGUUAUUCCUCAUUCAAUCCUCAGUCCAGUUGGCUCAGUCAGAACUGUCAUUGUCCAUCAAGACCCUCCAGGACCAUGGGUUUUCAGUACAUUUUCAGAAAAGCCAGAUAGAUCCAGCCACCUUCACCUGGGCACGGUGAUGGAUACAAGGAAGUGCGAGGUUUACCUGCCUCAGGAACAUCGGGGUAGUAUCCGAUCUCUCCUCCGUGGAGGAUACCCCAAGAUGAAAUCUCCCUCAGCUAGGGGGUUCUGCAACACCCAGAGCCUCAUUGGCUCCAGGUAACCGCCGGGCAUUUGAAAGGAGACUCCCAACAAAAGAGAGCUACUCAUCAGACGUGAUUACCACUUCAGGCUUCAAGAAGGCCUGCAACUAAUAGGAUCUAUGAUUCCGCAUGGAAGAAUUUCUGUAACUGGUAUGGGAGACAACAAUUAGAUCCAGCUACAAUUCCUAUUCCAAAAAUUUUGGAUUAUUUACCGGAGGGACCUAAGGGGGUUUAGCACCCAACACAAUCCGCAGAUAAGUUGCUGCCCUGUUCACGGUGCUCAGAUAUGGCGACUCAGAGCUCUUGGCUCAACACCCCAUGAUACGUUCCUCUGUCAGGGGAGCAAUCAACAGCAAACCGCCCCUGGUUCACAGAUACCCCUCUUGGGACCUGUCCAAGGGCUUACAGGCUCUCACUUCACCUCCAUUUGAGCUCGUCAGAACCUCCACUCUACGAUUCUGGACACUCAAGGUCAUCUUCCUAGUAGCCGUUACAUCGGCUAGGCGCAUCUCAGAAUUGGCAGCACUCUCCAUUAAAGAUGACUUAUGUAUACCAACAGGAUGCUCUUACGCGUAGACCCCUCCUUCAUCCCCAAAAUCAACUCAUCGUUUCACAGGGCGCAGGAGCUUGUGCUGCCAGAUUAUUGCCCUGAGCCGUCCCACGAUUUGGAAUGUAAAUGGCACACCUUGGAUUUUCGCAGAGCCUUGCAUCGGUAUAUUAAGGAAACUGCCCCUUUUUGCAGCUCUGAAGCCCUCUUUGUUCCAGGACAACUCACUGCACACUCCACUCGCAGUGUGGCAACUUCGGCGGCAGCGGCAACAUAGGCGUCCAUCAAAGAGAUCUUGCAAGGCAGCUAUGUGGUCGUCGCCUUCCUGAUUUGCGAGGCAUUAUAAGUUAGAUACAUUUGCCUCAGCAGACGCUUCAUUUGGCAGGAGACACCUCCAAAGGGUAGUAACAGAAAGUGGGACACAGGACCAGACUUCUUCCCGCCCGUGGGAACAGUGAGGCUUUGAUAUUGUCCCAUCUGUGGAUCCUCCAUUCGUCAUGCUGGAGAAGGGAGGUUGUCUUACCUGAACACUUUUUCUCAGCAUGACGAUGGAGAAUCCACUCCCCCCCCCCCAAGGGUCCAUCCGGUCCUGUGUCGGGAAUUUGAGCCACCACCACCUUGGGAAAUCAUCAACUGCUACGCCUUUGUCGUGACGGGAUUCUUAGCCGGAGGAAGAGAGGCGUGGCAAAGAUUGAUUGACAUCUCUAGGGCAGAAAGGCAAGAUCAACCCAUCCGUGGAUUCUCCAUCGUCGUGCUAAGAAAAGGCGUUCAGGUGGAUGCCCGGAACAUCAAUGGGAGCUCUGCGACGCCUGCGCCUCAGGGAGCAUUGACUGUAAAAUUCCUUCUGUCCCACGGAGCCAAGGUCCCUUGUAUAUAAGAUCGCCUCUCCAGGAAGCCUCCUUAAACGGAACUCCCCUGCGACUCUCAGCUUUGUCGUCUCAGCCUCCGUCAAGCUCUCGGCCGAACAGCGCUGGAAAAGAUCCCCCACCUCCACAUUCCUACGAAAUUAGUUGAAUUCCUCUCCUACAGCCAGUGAGCUGCCCGCGGCCCCCGUCUAAGGACCCCCCCAAUCAUCACCCUGCAAAGAUUGAGUUGCGCUCUUCCGAAGCCACCCUCAUUUUCAACAAUGUGCGACUUUUUCCUCGAAUGACUGUAAAUAGAAAUUUUAAAACCGUGGCUGGAAGCGGAUUACCUGGUGGUCUCCUUGCUGGCUCGACGGUUCCUUUGAGUGUGUUGGUGAAAGGCUUGAGCACCCACUGGUGUGUGUGGUUGAUCACCUCUACGUUGGAGAGAUGGAGCGAUAACUUAACGAAGCCUGAUGGACUCUCCCCGUUUUGCGUCUUGGUCUAGAUGUACUCCUCGGCUUACGACCGCCACUGAGCACAAAAGCUCUCGCUAAGCGAGACCAUUAAGUGGAUCUUGCCCCAUUUUACGCCCGCCCUUGACACUGUUGUUAAAUGAAUCGCGGUGUUUAAGUUAGUGGCACCGUUGUUAAGGCGAUCUAGCUUCCCCAUUGAUUUUCCUGGUCAGAAGGUCGCAAAAGGGGAUCACUUGACCCCAGGCAUCCUGCGACCGUUGUAAAGAUGAAUCAGUUGACAAGCAUAUGAAUUUUGAUCCUGUGACUAUGGAGAGGCUACAAUGGUCGCAAGUGUGAAAAGCGGCAUUUUUCAGUGGCGUUUGUAACUUUGAAUAGUUAUUAGUCAAGGACUACCUGUAUUAACACACGGGAGUUGUAAUCCACCCAUUUCAAAAUAUUCCCAAAAUGGCUUUAUUUGUAAAAUGUAUGCAUUUGUGAAGUUUAAUUAUUUUCAAAAUGUAUGUUUGGGUAAUAUUUGUAAAAUGGUCUAAGUCAUAGAUUUUGCAAAUGAAUCUUUCAAUUUUGCCAAUAAAUAAAUUUCACAAAGAUCUA